AUGCCGCAAAACCAGCAGCGGGCGCUUGCUACGCGGACGGCAUGCGACCGAUGCCGAGAUCGUCAGGACGGCGGAGCCUGCGUCCGCUGCGCCCGAGCCGGCGCGUCCUGCGUGACGGGAGCCCCGAGGCCGCUGGGCCGUUGUCGCGCCGGCCCAAGCGAGGCUCGCAGGAGGCCGCGCCAUUCGGUGUUCAUCUCUGCCGCGCCGCCCAGAUCUGCGGCUCGGGCGUCUCUUCCCGCAGCGUCUAUGCCGAGAGGACCGGAGAAGCCCGGGACAACUGCUCUCACUGGACCCUCGCACGAAGGACCUGUCGCACCAUCGCCGACUCGCGACAGCGAGGGCAGCUUCGAGUGCUUCCACGGUCCCGUCGUCACGGAGAUUCCGGACGAUGCCGUCGUCGAUGCCCUGGAUCUCGGGUUCCCCGACGAUAACGACGACGACGACGCAACCGCACUCUCAGCCCUUUUUGGCGUUUCCGACACGGGGGCUUUCCCCAUGGAACUUGAAGCAGAUCUCCUUGAGUUCCAGCCUCAUCCAAAGUCGCUUUCCGCUCUGCCUGGCACGCACAACCCGAGUCCCUGCGUGGACCCUGCUUUUCUGCUUCGCUCUCCACCCGCAGGCGGCGCCGCCCUCGACACCGCGAACAGACUGCUGCCGGAGCAGCCGUCUCCCGGGCCCGGCAGCAACGCCCUCGUCCGCCUCAACCACUCUCGCACAUGGGGCGCUUUGGUUAUAGGCAUCCCCUCACUGACCCUCCCGGAUUCGUGCGUCGCCAGUGUCGCAGACUUUCAGGACAACCCCAUCCUCCAGGCGCCGGAGAGCACCGCGGAACUGGCCGCCGUAAUCAGGCAAGUCAUCUCGCCGGUACAGGACCACGGCUCGUCGUUGUCGCCCCCGAGCAUGCCGGUAGUGCUCAUGUGCCUGUCCGGCCACAUACAGCUGCUGCAGAUAUACGACGCCAUCUUUCUCCACGUCCACCGGUUCCUGGGCGGCCUGCACGACAUCCUCGGCUUCUUCGAGGACCUGCCGGGGCUCACUCACGUCAGCGGCCUGCCGACCAUCAAGGGCGACCUGUACAUCAAAAUGAUGAUACAAGUGGCCCAGCACAAUCUCAGCAGCGUCGAAAGGGCCGUGGCCCUCCCGCCAGGCCUGUGCCUCUCGGCGCAGCGGGCGUCUUCGAGGGGCUUGCUGAGCUACGUGGAUUCGCUCGAGCCCUCCCAGAGCAUCAUGGGCCAGGCCUACAGCCCUUCCGAGAAGUCGGGACGGGCCCGUUUCGCAUCCAUGCGGAUAAGGAUAGGAAGUAUACUGGGCCUUCUGAGAGACGAUUGCUAG